GAAGCAGCCGGCGGAGCCACCGCUGCUGCAGUGGGAGAGCGCCCUCUGCAGGCCGCGCUGCGCAGAGGCCGGGGGUGGCUGGGGAGGCUGCUAGGGACCUGGGAGCCGAGAGGUGGGAGCCGAGGGAGCGAGACAGAUAAACAGCGUAGGGAGCCAAGCUCCUGGGGGAGGGAGAGGGGGCGCAGAAUAGGGGGUCCCGCCGCACCUCGGGGAAGGCUAACAGGAGGAGACGGAGGAGGAGGAAAGGGAGGAGGAAGAGGAAGAGGAAGAGGAGCAGCAGGAAGAGAAUAAACAAGAAAAAGAAGAGGGAGGGAGAAGAGGAGGAUGGGCGCCAGCCCUCCCCUCUCCUCCUGGACCUCAAACAUUACCGAGAAAUAAAUCCCGGGAAGUAGCCCCGCAAAACUCCAAGGUGAAUUUGCAGGAUGGAGUUACACGGCCGCGCUGAGUGGGGCUCCCCCCCACCCUGCUUCUGCCCAAGCUGACAAGGCAGCCCCCCCCCAAUCCACCCCGGAAAGGUGCAAAAAGAGAAGCCCACGAGGCGAGCGCCGACCAGCCAGAGCCCGUCCCCUCCCUCUCUUCCUCCUCCAAUCCUUUCGAAAGGAGCCGGGCGAGCCGCGUCGGGAGACGGGGUGGCGAGGACAGCUAGCCGGGAGGCCGCCGGGGCUACAGGAGAGAGCAAAGGUGGGGAGGGCCGGCGAGGACGGAUUGGAAGGAGGCUUCCCUGGGGCCAGCCGAGAACUGGCAGCUUCAGGAAGCAGAGGGAGAGCGAGCCACAGUCAAACCUCCCCCCUCCCGGAGAGCCCAAGGAGGGGGCGGGUGGGGGAGGCUCCCUGCGCCCUCCCCCGCCGCGCACACGCACUCACACACUCACACUCACACACGCGCGCCCGCGCGCACGCACACACACACUCACACACUCACAGCAGUCUGCUGUCGACUGCCAGCUGCGAUCUCCUCCGCUCUCUCUCAGUCGCCUGGACUCCCCGAGCCCCUCUGAAAGCUGGGGCCAGGCGCGCACGCUUCUGCCGGGGAGCCCUGCGGAGAGGCCGGCCGCGGAGCCUCGGGGCCGGCCCGGGAGUUUAGCGUUCGCCCGGUGCUGCGGCCGAGGUUCGAGGUAUCCUAACGCUAAAGGGGGCAGCUCCGGGCGCCCGGGCAGCCGAGUUCCCGGAGCAGGGGGAGCCUGCGGCGGGGCGCGGGGCCCGACAGCGCCCGGGGCGCUCUGAAGUUGCAGGGACACGCACCAGAUGGCCGUGGCAAGAGGAACCGGAGGGGAGCUGUGGUGGCAACAGCGGCGGCAGCAGCAGCAGAGGCGGCGGCGGCGGCAGCAGCCCUAGGAAGCUUCGGCUCCCCAUGCGCUGAGCUGGCCACCGUGAAACAGGCGCUAGCAGUGCGCACGGCCCGGGGCGGCUGAACGGAGCGCUCCGAGCGCUCGGGACCCCCCCUAGCUCCCCGAUCCCGGCUCGGGACGGAAGCCACAGGCCCCCUCCCCUCAUCUUUCCAGAAUCUAAGUCGAACCCCUCUCUACCGCCUGCCAGGGCUGGCUGCCUCCCCACCCCGCUUGCUGCCCAGAGGACUGAGAAGGGGAUUCCGGCGCGGGGUCGGGGAGGGGACGUCCCCUCAGUCCAUGGCUCGGGAGCCCCCCCGAGCUUGACCCGGGGCGCCCAGCCGCCCGCAGCUAGGGGAGAGCCGGUGCGCCCCGGGGAGGAGCCCGAAGGCAAGAGACGGAAGGACCUAGAUGGGUGAAGCGAGAGAGGCAGGUGGAGCAGCAACCUCGGCGCAGAGGGGAAGGCGGAGGCAGAGAGAGCGGGGCGGGCGCCUCAAGUUCCCGUGAGAGGCAGAUCCACAGACAGACAAACCCCCACACCGACCGAGAGACACCCAGAUACCAAAGAGCCGGGAAGCUCGGAGCGGCUGGUUUGGCAAAGCGCGCCCCGCCACAGCUUCGCUGCCUGCUCGGCACGAGCUACGAGCUAACGAUCGAUUUUAUUUGCAAAUCUUUUGUAUACACUUUUUCCCCUUUGGAAAGGGGAAGGGCGCGCAUUUAUUGGAGAACCCAGGACAGGACUGGCCGGAGCGGGUGGGGAUCCUGCACGAAGGAACCGGCCUGCCCACCCGAGUCCUUCGCUUGGGGAACUGGACAGACCGAGCUGGGCUGGGCCGGGCCGGGCCCCGGGCGAGAGGGGCCGGGCCACCGGAGUAUGGGACGGGCAGCGGCAUCUGUUCUCCGCACCUCGGACCUGAGGUUUUCCAGAACCUGAAGCUUCCCAGGGUGGCGAGGGGAAAAGACUGGAGAUUUCAGCACUCUCCCCACCUCCACCCGCUCCCGCCCCCCGAAGAUUAAGCUCCCCUCCUUUUUUUGUUGUUCAAGACAUUUGCAAAUAAGUUAAGGAAAAAAAAGGAAAGCCACUUCUGGAUUCCUGGUUGUGAUAGUGAAGUUACCUCGCAUCUCUGCCCGACCUCAGGACACAGAUAGUACGGAGCAGAAGGCAGCGACGAUGCCCGACUCACCGGCUGAGGUGAAGACGCAGUCCAGGUCGACCCCCCCCAGCAUGCCUCCCCCACCUCCGGCCGUCACCCAGGGAGCCACCCGCCACCCUUCCUUCACACCAAACACAAAUCGAGAAGAUGGGCCUCCCACGUUUCUGCCCCCUGGCCGCUUUCAUGGCUGCUUGAAGUGGUCUAUGGUCUGUCUUUCUAGAGCGAGCGAGAGAGCGAGCGAGAGAGCGAGUGCGAGCGGGAGCGAACCUGAGCAGGCACGGGAGAGGCAGGGCUGCUGGCUUCCAGGACGACCCAAACACGGCGGGCAAGUGAUGAAUGGAAGUAGCCAUUCCCCGACGGCGAUCAAUGGAGCCCCAUCGACCCCCAACGGGUUCAGCAAUGGCCCAGCCACCUCUUCUACAGCCUCACUGUCCAACCAGCAGCUCCCGCCAGCCUGCGGUGCACGACAGCUCAGCAAACUCAAACGCUUCCUUACCACCCUGCAGCAGUUUGGGAAUGACAUCUCCCCUGAGAUUGGGGAACGGGUCCGCACCUUGGUGCUGGGGCUGGUGAAUUCAACCCUGACAAUAGAGGAGUUCCAUUCCAAACUCCAAGAAGCCACCAAUUUUCCUCUGCGUCCAUUUGUCAUUCCCUUUCUGAAGGCAAACCUGCCCUUACUGCAGCGGGAGCUCCUGCACUGUGCCCGCCUGGCCAAGCAGACCCCCGCCCAGUACCUGGCCCAACAUGAGCAGCUCCUUCUAGAUGCCAACGCUUCUUCUCCUAUCGACUCCUCUGAGCUUCUCCUGGAAGUCAACGAGAAUGGCAAGAGGAGGACACCAGACAGGACCAAAGAGAAUGGGUUAGACCGAGACCCACUGCACCCCGAACACCUCAGCAAACGGCCAUGCACCCUGAGCCCUGCCCAGCGGUACAGCCCCAACAAUGGGCUGAGCCAUCAACCCAAUGGGCUGCCCCACCCCACACCUCCCCCACCUCAGCACUACCGCCUCGAGGACAUGGCCGUGGCCCACCACUACAGGGACACAUACCGGCCCCCUGACCCCCGAGAGCUGCGGGAGCGCCAUCGGCAAGUCGCUGUCCAUGGCUCCCGGCAAGAAGAAGUAAUUGACCACAGGCUCACAGACAGAGAAUGGGCAGAGGAGUGGAAGCACCUCAACAAUCUCCUGAACUGUAUCAUGGAUAUGGUGGAGAAGACGCGGCGCUCUCUCACGGUGCUGCGCCGGUGCCAGGAGGCUGACCGGGAGGAGCUCAACCACUGGAUCCGGCGCUAUAGCGACGCCGAAGACAUGAAGAAAGGCUCCAUCUCCGCCCCAUCCCGCCCACAUAAUAGCUCCUCCAACUCAGAGGGUCCCCAGUUAGAAAGUCACCGGGAAUUUGUACCCCGGCCUCUAUCCGGUUAUAUGCCAGAAGAAAUCUGGAGAAAAGCUGAGGAAGCUGUGAAUGAGGUAAAGCGCCAGGCGAUGUCGGAGCUGCAGAAGGCCGUGUCGGACGCAGAACGCAAAGCCCACGAGCUCAUCACAACCGAGCGAGCAAAGAUGGAGCGGGCCCUGGCGGAGGCCAAGCGGCAGGCCUCCGAGGACGCCCUGACCGUUGUCAAUCAGCAGGAAGACUCCAGCGAGAGCUGUUGGAACUGUGGGCGCAAAGCCAGCGAGACCUGCAGCGGCUGCAACACCGCCCGCUACUGCGGCUCCUUCUGCCAGCACAAGGACUGGGAGAAACACCACCACGUGUGUGGCCAGACACUGCAGGGCCUGCAGGCGGCCGCGGGCCCCGGCCCGGCCAACGGGGUGGGCCCCAGCCAGCCGGACGUGGUGGCCGUGGCCGUGGCCGCCAGCCCCAGCGAGACCAGCUCGGCGGCCGCCUCCCGCUCGGGCACCCCGGCCACCCCGGCCCCCCUGGAGACUGCCUCCCGCUAGCCCCACCCAGGGAGGAGAUCAAAGGGAAUCCGAGAAUCUACAAAAGUCACUGCUGCUACUGCUUUUCUCCAAAAGAAAAAAACUGCAUUCAAUGCAACUUCCUCAGCUACCUGACGAUUUCAUUCGACCUCCAAACGACCUCUAUCUCUUCGAGUGAUCCUCACAGAUCUUCAAAACUGGGCUUUAAAAGUGGAUUUCACAAAGAAAG